AUGAAGUACUCAAUUGUCGCUACUGCUUUCACUGUUUCAUCUGUUUUGGCUGGUAAAGGUCCAAAAGACCACAAGUCAGCUCCAACCACCACUGUCUAUGCCACUGAAACCACCCACAAGUACGGUAGAUUCAACAAGACUCCUCACCCAACCACCACUACCGUUGUUGUUUCUCCAUCUGAAUGGACCAGCUUGAAGAGCGCUUCAUCUCACGUUAGAAGAGACCAAAUCUUCACUGCCGUCAAGAGAGCCAAUGACACUGCUGGUGCCGCCGGUAACUCUACUGGUGCUUCCGGUAACUCCACUGGUGGUGCUUCUGGUAACUCUACUGGUGGUGCUUCAAACUCCACUGGUGAAAGCAAUGCUGGUGUGACUGCUUCUGGUGCUUCAUUUGCUAUUGCCGGUGCCGUUGCUGCCGGUUGUGCUUUGUUGAUGUAA